AUGGCUACUUGGGGGCGAGAGAGCGUCCGGCACGCGGAAACCCAGACGAAAGUCGCCUACUUCUUGCUCGGGAAAAAGUCGUUUCUGUCAUCGAUUACAACUCAGGUGUGAUAAUGGGAGUUUGGAACGAUUGAGGCUAGAAAUGCCUCGAAAUCGAGUUGGAUAUUCGGUACGAAAUGACUAUUUGAAGAAAAUUUGAAGCCUCGUAGUGAAUCUUCUUCUCAAUGAUGUCAUAUAACUUCAACUCGAAGAGAUCAAACUUUUCAAAUUUGAAGCAAACUUUAAAGUUGUGAAGGGCUCUUUGAAUAUAAUCUAAUCUGGAAAGAAUAAAUUUCUUUUUAAGUCCAUAGUUCAAAUUAUUAAUUGGUUCCGAGAAAACCACAAAAAAAUCCCCAGAACUCUCCUUCAAGCCUCUUGUUUAUUUUUUGGCCCUAAAGAGGGCCGUUGGGAAGCCUUUUCAAGGCUGCAAAAAUGGAGACUCAGUCGGCCCGGUUCUGGGCAUCUCUCUCGACAAUUCUGAGAGCUGCUUCGACGUAUCGAAUGAUUGGACCAGGAUCUGGUAUCAUUCUGCUCACUUCUUCCAGAAUGUCUAUGAAAAGCAAGACAUGCCGAAGCUCGAAACCUAUACCGUGACUCCCUUAUUUGGAUUUGCACCGGCUUUAGCCUCUGGGUACUUCUAAUUGAAAAGUUCAUGAAGUUUAUUUUGUCUAAGAGGCAAUUUAUCCUCUGAAGUAACUGAAAACAAAAAAGGUUGUUAUGACUACUGAAUUUAUCUGCAUCCCUCCUUCCUUUCCUAAAAAUUUCAAUAUAAAAAAGUUUCAAUUUUUUUCUUUUUUUUCUACAUUGGUUUUCUACCAAAAAUAAAGCUCAAAGAUUCAAAAACUCUUUCUGAUAAUGAUAUUGUCUAAUCGUUCUAAGAUCUUAUGAUCGUUCAAACUUGAGCCUAAGCUCGCAAUAAAUCUUCUAAUGAGCAUAUAAGGUGUUUUAAAGCUUUCGAGUCCUUAAGAAAUCUCUUAAAGUGGCUACAGCGCCUCACCAGUGACUAUUUGCAAAACAAAAUCGUCUUACGAAAGCUUCAGUGUUUCCAGAUUUUGAAGAAGAGCGCUACAUUGACGAAAAUAAUAUGAAAAAAAAAACAACUAUCAAUCUUGAUUUACUCCAAUCAAGAUUUAAAUAAUGGAGCUUUAAUUUUAAGUCUAACUGUCUUUUUUUUCUUCGGAAAAAAGCUCCUCAACCUCUUCAAAAAUGGAGGAGAUUCGGAUCGAAGAUUCCCCUUUCGGGAACAUCCUUAUCGCGAUUUUUCGAUUUCCAUCUAUAGCAACAGUCUUACGUUGCACUUCAUCGCUCGUAAACACAAAUUUGUUUUGAAAUUCGUCUCAAAAAACUGACUAGAAGUAUCAAUAAUCGGCUGGAAAUGAUAGGAAAAAAGCGCGCUCCUAUUGAAACAACGCCUCUGUUCUCGUACUACCAACUGAAUCCCAACUUGCAGCUAUUCGUGAGUUUUUUUUUUCGUUUUCAAACAUCCAAUUUUUUGAGGAGAAUCAAGAAUAAUCGUCAUGGAAUUUUGACUUAAAAUCGUUCGAAAUCUAAUUAUCGCUUUUCUUUGAGUUAAAACCUAUCAUUAUUAAUACGAAAGCUUCGGAAAACCCAAAAAACCAAUUUUCCGUCCAAAGUUCUGGUUUUACAUAUUUUUCAAUUUGAACUCUAAUUAAAAACUAAUAUUUGAAAUUUCCGGUCGUGUGUUCAACUAUUAACACAAUAGCUUAGUUUAGCUUACAGCAAUCAAUUUUCUGAAAAACUUUUUGAAUCGCUUUCAGAACUAGUUUCAACAUCAAAAGCCUGAAAUUAGUCAAAUUUUUCGCUAUCGCGAACGCGAAACAGUACAAAAGUAAACAAGAAUUAGAGGUUUCUUGCACAAAUAUUGCUUUUGUGCACGAAUAUACACAAAAAGCAUAUUACAUCGAUUCCGAUCACAGCCUGUUUGCGCUGCCCUUUUUGUUGUUUGACAGCAAAAAAACAUAAAGUGGCACAUUUUCUAUAAUUUAACCAAAUUUUCAACGGCCAGUGUCUGAAAUUUUUUACAUAAGCACUAAGAUAAAUUCCUCUCAAUUUCAAAAGUAGAUAAUGUAUAAAAUAGGGACUUCAGAUAAAUUUCGCUGGGAAAAAAUUCAGUUAAAGAUUUGAUUCCCGCCGAAGUGAAAAGUAUUCAAAAAUGACACGUAGAAAAUCAUUUCUUUUUCAAAAAUCUUAUUCCUUCUCGUUCAUUUUUGUUAAUUGUCCCAAAAAAAGAAAAAAAUUUUAUUCUUACAGCUGGACCGUCGCUUCUCAUAUCACAAACUACCGACUAACGCCGCGGAUAAUUUUGGAUUUAUUGAGGUUUGAAAAUUUUUAAUCCCCAAAAAAUUUAAACUUCAUUCAGAAGCAUAACAUAGAAGCCGAGGCCAUGUUUUUUGCUAGAAAUUUCACUUUGAAAAAGAUUUAUCUUCGGUAAAAAUUUCAAAACAGCUACGGCUUCGAUUCACUUUCAAUUUUAUUUUAACCAUUGAUUCGAAUAAUGCUUAUGUUGUGUCCGCGGUAGCCCAAAGUCGAAUAUCCGAUUUGCAGGAUUUCGAGCAAUAUCAUCAAUAUUAUUCACCAGAAAUCGUCCCGCGGGCUAUCGCUCGCGCGUUUCGCAAUGGCGCUAAAUUCAUCUGUUUUUCACUAGUUUUGACAGUGAUAUUUAUUUAUUUUUCCUAUCGAACUCCUCCUGUUCCUGUUCCUCCAAUCCUGUUCAGAGGUGAGAUAUUCAGUGAGGAUGCGAAGAAAAAUGAGACCAAAAAACUAGAACGCAAGGAUUUGCAUUGAGAUAAUUAAAAUUAGUUACCUUGUUUGGUGAAUUGUUGAGGUGAGAAAAGUCAUUUGUGAACAGGUGAACCAUUUUGAUUUUUGUGUCCAAUCGCACCUGAAAGCCUUCAUAAUCAUGAUACAUUGAACAUGAAGAGCAAUGAUUAUAAAAAUAUUGACUUUCACGAAAAAUAUACAAUAGUCGUUAAUUAAAAUGUAGGGUACGCAGACAUUCUACGACAAACUUCAUGCAUUCAAUUUUUUUUUCUUGCAAUUUUCUCCCAUUUUUUUCUAGUUUUCAAACCUAACACUUUUCGAUAUAGGUUAAAUCAUCUUUGUACAUUUGUAUUGUAAAAAAGCACCCUUUAAAAGAAAUUUUUUUUCUUAUUGCGCUUCUGACUCGCAAUAUAUCUUUUGAUUUGAUCCGAUAAUGAAGAAACCCGAGAAAUUAAUCGAGUUAACGUUGCUGACCAAUUAGUUUGAAAUUUAUUCAUAUUCAUCCUCUAAUUCGAUUUUCGGGUUUCUGCUUAUUCCUCCAUUUUCACAGAGUCUCAUUUUGAAAAAUUGAUCUUUUCGCGUCGAGCUCUCGGAACUUGGUAAAGCGUACGGGACGCGAAUCGGACGUGUCGGGGCUUUUCUAGUGACCACUUUAGUAGCCUCAGAACUCUUAAGUGAUCCCUUGAAUCGCCCAGAAACGUCCGGAGCACGUCCGUUCGCGUUACCAAUGUCCGAGCUUGCUCUAUAUCGUGCCAUAGAGCGCAUUUGAUUUAAAAUCCUUGUAGGGUUUGCCAAUGUGGCUUUUAUGGAUUAA